AUGGCAUCAGCACUGGAAUCUCCCAUUCCUCAGGACGUCCCUCCCGCGCAGCAACGAGCGCUAUUAUUAUACGGCCCAGGCGAGACUUACAAGAUUGACGAGGCCUAUCAGGUUCCCCAGAAGCUGCACGCUACAGAGGUUCUAGUCAAGACGGCAACAAUCGGAUUGAACCCCAUUGACUGGAAAGCACCUGAUUUUAAUUUCGGCAUACCAUCAUAUCCAUACAUAUCUGGGCGUGAGCUGGCAGGAGAAGUAAGCCUCGUUAGCAAUGAGUCCCGGCUCCUGCCCGGCGAUAGAGUCCUUGUGAUUUCCACAGACUAUCGCGAUAUUCGUAAAGCAGCCUACCAGGAAUACUGCAUAGCAGCAGAGUACAACGUUGCCCGUCUUCCCAAGCAUUUGUCCUUCUCCAGCGCGUCGACCCUAGGUGUCGGUUUUGUUACAGCCGCGCUCGCUCUUGGUGUUUCUAUGGGUGUAGACUUUUCAGGCAUUUCAGGCGGUCCGGAUUUAUUUCAUUUGGUUCGAAAACAUGAGCAUCAACUUCCAGCAGACCAGAGAAAAGAGGCGUUAGAGUUACUUCGGCAACAAGAACGGGCGCAGCCAGGCGAUUGGGUUGUGAUUUGGGGUGGCUCGGCUACCUCUGCCAACCUUACCAUACAACUAGCACGACUCGCUGGCCUCCGGAUAGCAGUAGUCGUUGACCAAGCCAAACAUGGUGAGUGGCUUUCUUCCAGCUGCAGCAUCCGCCCCGACUUCCUCGUAGACUCUCACGAUCCGGCCCGUGCUGUGGGAAUUAUCCGGUCAGCAAUUGGCAAAGAAGCCAGGUUUGGAUUCGACACAUGUGGUAAAGAGUCGGUAGGGUAUCUCUUACAAGCGCUGUCUAAGGAUGACGAGUCCGCUGGCCUCUCGCCGCCGUCUACACCGACCGACUAUGUUGAAAGGCAACUGCGAAGCCAUGUGAUUGGACUUGCAGGCUUGCCGAAAGCAUCUUCGGACGACAUUGUGCUUCAUACUCUGCCAGUAAAACUGUUUCACGAGGUUGAAGUCGUGGGCCGCGCACUAACAACGUGGCUGGAGCGACUCUUGGAUGAGGAAAAGGUUGUGCCCGCGCGCAUCAUUGGAAUAGAAAACGGUUUGGAGAGCGUAAAUGGAGCUCUUGAUAGAAUGCGCCAGGGGGAAAUCAGUGGCGGAAAACUAAUCGUGGCAGUCUAG